AGCAAAUGAGGGUUGUGGAGAGGGGAGGAGGGAGAGGGAGCAGAGAAAAAGGGGGCAUAUUCACACAGACCAGAAAAACAACAGUCCUGCUCUGUGCCCACAGGACAGACGCUGCUGUCUACUCGCACUGAGGAUUGACUUUUACCUCCCAUAUAUAUAUAUAUAUGCCGCACUCCCCAUUCUUUGCUCUCCCGUUCAACCCAGCCCGUCGGGAGCCGCGUGAGGAUUGUCAGCCAGUACAGACGAAGCACACGAUCAGAAAGCUGGCACAGCAACUGUGCCUCCAGCUCGGCAACUUGCUUUACCAGCCCUCUGUUACUCUCCCUCACACUGGCACGCUAAAAUGCUCUCGCAGGCACACACUGAGAGAACUUUCUCUCACGCUCACACACUUACAUGCUGUUAAGCAGGCAGGAAGGCAGGCAGGCACACCCCCCUCCCAUUAUCUGUGCGGCGAGCAGUUCUGCUCGUAUCGGUGCGAGCAGCACGGGGCUGUGUUUUGCUCCUCAGCAGCAGCAGCAGCAGCAGCAGCAGCAGCAGCAGCAGCAGCAGGAGGACGAGUCCAGAGGAGAACAGCCAUCACCAGAGAUCACACACCAGCUUCCACAGCUGAAGCGGGGGCCAGUGGGACAGCCAUGGAGGACACCAUCACCUGCAGCCACGCCACCUUCUCCCAGGUGUUUGGACGCCAGGGACAGCUCAUGCAAGCCACGGUCCAGUCUCUCAACAACCUGAACGACCAGAUCGUUCAGUUCAUGGUGACCAGACCUUGUAGCCUGGCGGACGAGGAUGAGACCUUCAUACCGGGAGAGAGGGACACCUUGAGGAAGUCCAUGACCCUGAUGAGACACCUGCUCAUGGACGCUCAGGGGAAAAUCCUUAAAAUGAUGGAAGACAACAAACAGCUGGCACAGAGGAUUGAUGGGGCCAUCCAGUCCGCCAGUCAGGAAGUGACCAACCUCCGCUCCGAGCUCUCUGCCACCAGCCGCAGACUGGCAGAGCUGGGUGCCAGCAGCCCCACCGCUUUUGAGAACCACCACCAGCACAACCACCACGAUGGCAGCCUCCAUUACCGGGAUCCAUCAGUUCAUCACAGACAGAAGACAGUGGUGACAGACAUGUGCUACCCGACGGAGAUAUCCAGCCUGAUGGACUUUGGCACUCCAGACUGCUCGCUUGGCAAAGUCUUGUUGCGUGAAGAGGUAGCCCAGCUUCAAGAGGAGGUCCACCUGCUGAGGCAAAUGAAGGACAUGUUGAGCAAGGACCUGGAGGACACCCAGGGAGGCUGCUCCACUAAUCUGCUCUCUGCCACCGAGCUCCGCGUGCAGCUGGGGGACAAGGAGCAGGAGUUGGACCGUGCCAAAGAGGCCUUACAAGCCAUGAAAGCUGACCGUAAGCGUCUAAAAGGGGAGAAGUCAGACCUGGUGAGUCAGAUGCAGCAGCUGUACACAACACUGGAGAGCCGAGAGGAGCAGCUACGAGAAUUCAUACGCAACUAUGACCAGCACCGAAAGGAGAGCGAGGAUGCAGUGAAGGUUCUGGCAAAGGAGAAGGACAUGCUGGAGAGGGAGAAGUGGGACCUGCGGAGGCAGACCAAGGAAGCCACGGAGCAGGCCAACAUCCUGCGUUGUCAGAUGGACAUGAAGGAGAACAGGAUCAAAGAGCUGGAGGCAGAGCUCACCAUGGCAAAGCAGAGUCUGGCCACCCUGACCAAAGACGUACCCAAGCGCCAUUCGUUGGCCAUGCCGACAGAGCCCGUGAUGAACGGCAGUCAGGAGUGGGUGAUGCAGGCCGACCUGCCGCUCACUGCUGCCAUCCGUCAGAGCCAACAGACCCUCUACCACGGACACACCACAGACAGACAGGCUGUUGUCAGGAUCAGCCCCUGUCACUCCCGCCAGCCCUCAGUCAUCUCUGACGCCUCGGCGGCCGACGGAGACCGGUCGUCCACGCCCAGCGACAUCAACUCACCUCGUCACAGGACCCACUCCCUCUGCAAUGUAAGAGCUGCCUGGCCCCCUCGACCAAUCCAUGGAGGACCUGGAGGACCAGAAGCGUAAGAAGAAGAAGGAGAAGAUGACUCUCGGAUCCCUGUCACGGGUGUUCGCUCGGGGCAAGCAGCGCAAGUCACUGGACCCUGGCCUGUUUGAUGGUACAGCCACCCCUGAUUACUACAUAGAGGAGGAUGCCGACUGGUGAUACUGUGUGUGUAAGCGUGUGUGUGUGUGUGCGUGUUGGAGGGUGUGUGGAUACCCACUUGGCUUUAACUGUGUGUUCGGAGUGUUUUGUUUGUGGGUUUGUCUGAAAGCGGGGAAUGGGGUAAAUUUUAAAAGAAAACUCUCGACAAGAGACUGCUAUUCUAUAAAUGUACAGUAUAUCGCCCUUAAAUUGUGUUUGUAAAUUAGAUAUAUAUUUAUAGAUGCACAUGUAUGCAUAUGUAUAUAUGUUUACAUGCAUAUAAAUAUAUACAGUACAUGGGUUUUAUUAUUCUGUGUAGACAUGUUUAUGCUGUAUCAUCUUCCAAAUUGCUCAAUGUUUUAUGUUUUUUAUAACUGGAGACUUGAAGGACUGCUGUUUAUAUGUACAUAGGAGUUAUUGUGAAACUAGUGUUUUUACUGUAAAUUUCAUUUGGCUUUUGUUACUUUACAGUUGCUUUUAUCAAGCUUUGCAACGCUGAUUUCUAAUUUUCUUCUUACUCCCAAACUAACUCGUCCCAUAUCUCAUUAUGAAAGACCAUAUAUUAGCUGGUUGACUUGAAAAAAAAUGAUCUUGCGGCCAAAUUCUGCCGUUUCGAAUGACUUGUUGAUAUGAAAAAACGGUACUUUGUCUGAGAGCUGCUGCUGUUACAGAAUCGUCAUCAUGCUCAUGUUUCAAACGCUGGCUGACUGGUAUUUGCUGAUAAUACAUUCACAACAUGAAGCGAUUUCAUGUUAACCACCUCAUCCAUUUAAGUAAAAAAAAAAAAAAAAUUAUAUUCUCAAUUACUGUGACAUUAGGACUGCUAAUAAGGGAUUUAGAGUCAGACUUCCAUAAAAUAUGUGGUAACACAGAUUUAAAAACACAAGCCUCUUGUCUGCUGUCAAAUUAAUAUGCAAGUGCCAAAGGUAAAAAACGCUCAUCUUUUGAAAACUCUGCAUAUCAUUCUGUCACUGUUAGCACUGGCCUCAUAACAUUGUUGCUUAUGACGGACACAUGUCUUACUGAGCGCUAUCUAACGUGUCGAUAUGAAACAAAGGAAUGUGCAUUAAACACUUGCAUGAUCCCUCUGUGUUGCAUUGAUAAGAUGUCCUUUCGUUGCCAGUCGGACUAAUAAUCUCCACACUCCUGUGUUGCUCCUGUGUUGCCUUUCCCCUCUACCCAGUUAUGUUUCCUUGCAUUUUGAAUGCACGGCCCCCCAUGUUCUUUCUUUUGCUGUUUUAGUAUUUUUUCUUUUUUCUUUUUUAAUUCCUCCUCAUUUCUCGCAAAUGUGGCUCUCACAAUUCUCUGUUAAUUGCUUUGUAAUUUAGGAGAUGUUGCAUAAAAGAUUGAAUCUAUUGAAGUAUUUUAUUUAAAAGGAAAAAGACACAAAACAAAGAAGCAACUUCAAACAUGUAUCUGCUGCAGCUGCUGCAGCCAGAUGCUGAGGAGGUUUUAGCAUUUUCAAAAAGGAACUAUAAUUGAAAUGAAAUCUUAUUUUGAAAAUAAAACUAGUAACUGAA